UCAAUUGAAAAUUAUCUGUUUAAUUAUCAUGGCUGGGGGAGGGUUUGCAUCAGGUUCAGGGGAUGUCCAAUUUGAGGCAAAGAUCACUUAUGGUGUCAUAAUAUCCUGCAUUAUGGCUGCCACCGGUGGUCUGAUGUUUGGUUAUGACAUUGGAAUUUCAGGUGGUGUCACAUCCAUGCCAAGUUUUCUAGAACGUUUUUUUCCAGAGGUAUACAAAAGGAUACAGGAGCAUGGAGUGGACAGUAACUACUGCAAAUAUGACAAUCAAAGUCUUCAACUGUUCACAUCCUCUCUAUACCUUGCUGCAUUGGUAGCUACCUUGUUUGCCUCCAGUGUCACCAGAAAGCUAGGCCGCAAAUGCACUAUGUUGAUUGCAGGGCUUUUCUUUAUUCUUGGAACUGUCUUGAACUCUGUAGCAAAUACCUUGCUGCUGCUGAUAUUUGGGAGGCUAUUGCUUGGUUGUGGUGUUGGUUUCGCCAAUCAGGCAGUGCCGGUGUUUCUUUCUGAGAUUGCUCCCACAAGAAUCCGUGGAGCGCUUAACAUCUUGUUCCAGCUUGAUAUCACCAUUGGGAUUCUCAUAGCAAACAUUGUCAACUACUUUACUGCACAGAUUAAAGGCGGGUAUGGGUGGAGGAUAUCGUUGGCUUUGGCAGGGGUUCCAGCACUGAUGCUAACAUUUGGAUCCCUGCUUGUGCAUGACACUCCCAACAGUCUUAUUGAGAGGGGUUUGGAGGAUGAAGGGAAGGCUGUGCUGAAGAAGAUUCGUGGUGUGGAAAAUGUGGAGCCAGAGUUUCAGGAGAUCCUUAAAGCCAGUAAAGUGGCUAAAACGGUCAAGAAUCCUUUGAAGAGCCUCCUCAAGCGUCACAACCGUCCUCCAUUGAUAAUUGCCGUUAUGUUGCAGGUGUUCCAACAAUUCACGGGCAUCAAUGCGAUCAUGUUCUAUGCUCCAGUGUUGUUCAGCACCUUGGGGUUUAAAAGUGGGGCUUCCCUAUACUCAGCUGUGAUCACAGGAGCCGUGAAUGUGUUGUCGACCUUAGUGUCUGUGUACUUGGUGGACAAAGUUGGUCGGAGGAUAUUGUUGUUGGAAGCAUGUGUGCAAAUGUUUGUGUCUCAGGUGGUGAUUGGGAUAGUGCUAGGGUUGAAGGUCCAAGAUUUCUCAGAUAGCUUGAACGAAGGGCUUGGGGUGUUGGUGGUGGUGAUGGUGUGCAUAUUUGUGUCAUCUUUUGCAUGGUCUUGGGGUCCACUUGGAUGGCUCAUUCCUAGUGAAACGUUCCCCCUAGAGGCUAGAUCGGCAGGGCAAAGUGUGACAGUGUUUGUGAAUAUGCUCUUCACAUUCAUCAUUGCACAGGCUUUCUUGUCCAUGAUGUGCCACUUCAAGUUCGGCAUCUUCUUCUUCUUCUCCGCUUGGGUGCUUCUCAUGUCAUUAUUCACACUCUUUCUAGUUCCCGAGACCAAGAAUAUACCCAUUGAAGAGAUGACAGACAAAGUUUGGAGAAACCACUGGUUCUGGAAGAGUUUUAUGGAAGAUUGAUUCCAGGCCAUAAUUAAUAUAUAUGUAUAUAUAUACACACACAAGCACACCCAUAACCUAAGUCAAGACUGAGAGAAUCAAAAUUAAAUAAAAAAUAGUGGAGUUAUCAUAAUUGUAUACUGAAGAUAAACGCGAUCGAAUAUAUAUAUAUA